CGGGCACAGCCAUGAACCUCGGUGAUGGACUGAAGCUUGAAACUGAAGUUCUGGAUGGAAAGCCUAGGCUAAUUUUAGCUUCUUCUGAUAAAUCAAAGCCCGCAGUUAAGAUGGGUAAUAAAGCCAGAGCACCUAAGCAGGCAUUGAGAAUGAGGUAUGCUGGGCACGUUCUGAGAUCAGCACAAAAUGCUUGUAUCAAGCAGGAAAACUUAAAACCAAGAAGCGAAUCAAGCUUAUCAAUGACAAAAGGUGAAAAACUGCAAGUUACUAAACACUCCUCACAUGAAGCCACAACUAAAGAUCACUCUUUGAUUUUCCAAAGAGAUAGCAUAGACAGAUAUGCUGAUUCAGAAUAUCCUAGUGUUGUUAAAAAAAGUAAACUGAAACCUCAAAACUCACAAGCAUUGGCUGAAGACCUAGGAAGCUUUGUGUGUUUAACACAAGAACAGCUUCAGCAGAUCUUGAUGACCUUAAAAGAAGGAACUAGAAGCAUCUCUGAGACUCAUAAGGAAAAGCAAGAAGAAAUAGAUUCUACCACGACUGCUAAUGAGGCAUCAGAGGAAAACAUUAUAGCAUUGAUUCAAGAAGCUUCUGAAGUUUCACCUGUUUCAGAUGAAGCUAACCCAGAUUCAAGCAGGAAACAAGAAGCAUAUCCAGAGCCAGGACAGAAGGUUAUAAAGGCUUCAUGGAAACCUGCUGACAUGUUCAGUACCUUGGGUGAAAGAGAAGGGCAGAAAGCUUUAUUAGAAUUUAGAAAGACCCAAUGGAAGAAGGAAUUAGAUGAACAGGUAGCACUCAAGAAGAAAUUGAAAGAAGCUUCAGAGGGAGAAGGGCAUUAUUUCUGUGCAAAACUUGGCAAUAAUAAAAUCCAUGAAGAGGAAGUGGAAGCAGCAGACCCAGAUAAGGAAGCUGUGUCCCAGGAACGACCUCCUAGUGCUUUGAAGCAUGAGCAGCAGCAGAACUGGCUUGAAGAGUUGGAUAAACAGAAGGAAGAAGUAAAGCUACGAAAAAUGGAAGAAAAACUUAAUUUUUCAAAGGCUGAAGAUCAUGACAGAUGGGCAAUGCAUUUUGAUUCUUUCAAGAGCCACCUUAAUGCAGAACAGCUCUUAAAUGGAAUGCACAAAAAGCAGCCUGAAAGUCUUUCCCUGUCACCUGACCCUAAGGAGCUGGCUGCUUUUGUUCACCCUUUUUCACCUGCAGCUUUAGACAACCUCACACCCCUAAAGGUGGGAAGUGCAGAAAAAGCUGCUAAAAACAGUGCUUUGGAACAGAGUCAGCAAGUCAGUUUCCUCCGUUCGAUGACAGCUCUCCUGGAUCCUGCACAGAUUGAAGAGAGAGACAGGCGGCGGCAGAAACAAUUAGAACAUCAGAAAGCAAUAAUGGCUCAGGUAGAAGAAAAACGGAAGAAGAAACAACUGGAGGAAGAACAGAGAAAAUGGGAAGAACAAGAGGAAGAACAGCGCCUAGCACGAGAAAAGGAACAAAUGCAGAAGCAGUUUGCAGAAGAUAUGCUGAAACAAAAACAAAAGGAGGAACUCAUGACUCUUAAAACCAAUGAGCUCUAUCAGACAAUGCAGAAAGCCCAAGAAUUAGCACAGAGGUUAAAACAAGAACAGCGCAUUCAAAACUUAGCUCAGAAGGGACAUGACAUUUCAAAACUUCAGAGGAACCUUGGUGGUGGUGAUAGAGAAUUUGAAAAUUGUAAUAUUGGCAUGUCACAUCAAAGUCAUAAUUUUUCUGAUGCCAUUAAGAAUUACACUGAUGAGCAGACUUCUCCUCGGAAAGACACUGCUGUACAGACAGAUUACUUCAGUACUUCUGGAUACCCUGAGUCAGCUGAAGAAAGAACUGUGUGUUGCAGAUCACCUGAUAUUUCCACAGAAUAUAAAGAAACCUCUAACUGCAAAAAAUACCAGAAAGAAAUGCAGUAUGUAGAUAAAAUUUCAGGAAAAGAGACUGGUGGCAUUUACAGUGAUCCAUAUGAACAAUAUGCAAGAAAAGAAAGACAAAUUAAACCUUCAGAAAAAUACAGCAAAAGACCUGACUGGAACAUAAACAGGCCUGGGAAAAGAUACAUUCCAGCAUCAGAAAGAUAUCCUAAACAGCUACAAAAACAAAGGGAAGAAAACAAAAUAAGAAGACAAAUGGAGCUGCUUCAGUUGGUAGAAAGAAAUACCCCAGGCAAUCUCUGCCUAAGAAAGGGUGGUUAUUCAGACAGGUCUCCUUCACCUCAUGAAGAUAAAAAUACAAAGAAUAAGAGACAUAGAGUCAAAAAGGAGGAACAAUUACAUAAGAAUCACUUGAAUGACGAAAGAUCUGAAUCACCACCUGUUCCAGCAAUCAAGAACAGAUUACACCAAGUACAACAAAAACAGAUGCGUACCUCAAAUUUCCUGGUACAUAACAACAGCAGAAGAGAGAAAAACGUCAAGAGAGAUACACAGCAGAGGAGCUCCCCUCCUCCCGUUACAGAAGCUGGAAGUCCUCCCUCUUCACAAUUUAUUCCGUAUGUUCGAACAAAUGAAGUAUAUUAUCUUGAUCCAGAUGCACCACUGACUAGACCUUCAACACAUGACCCAGAGUAUCGACAGUUCAAUGACUCUUGCCAAGUGCCACGGCAGAUUUUUAGCUCUGAUCACAUUAGAGAUCCUCUUCUCAAUCCAGAUGUAGUUAAAAGCAGAGCAAGACAACAAGCAAUUCUCAAAGGAUUGUCAGAAUUACGCCAGGCCCUCCUGCAGAAGCAGAAAGAGUUGGAGACUGCUCUGAUUCCUGCUAUUGCUCAAGAAGGGAAGUUUAUUUCACCAUUUUGAGGUACAUGUGAAUGUUCUCAAUUUUUAAAAUGUAAAUGCACAGCACUUUGUUUGCUACUCCAGUUAAUUAUGAACCAUGUCUGUCUUUUUUUAUGAAACGUUUAAAUUAUGUGAUCGUGGUAACACUACAGGGUCAUGUUGCUUUUCAUAUGGAAAAUACAUUAAACUAAUGAUGGUGUGUCUGUUUAGAAUGGCCUUCAUGCUGUCUGAAGAUGUCUGUCUGUUUGAUUUAAGCCGCCAAAACACAGGAUAAAAAUGUUAC